AUGUUCCACUCUCCCAUUGUGCCUCGAGUCAGGAAAAGGUCGAGAGCGGCAGAAGUGGGCAUCCCCGGGCGUGAGGAGGUGAAGUUUGAGGAUGUCAGACUGUUCCUGGUGGAGAGGAAAAUGGGCCGCAGCAGGAGAAGCUUUCUGACACAGCUGGCCAGGUCGAAGGGCUUUAUCGUGGAAGACGUCCUCAGUGAUGUGGUCACACAUGUGGUGUCAGAGGACAUUCACACUUCAUCCCUGUGGACGUGGCUGAAGGAGUGUGACCUGAAAAAUCUAACCCACAUGCUGGUGCUGGACAUCAGCUGGUUCACUGACAGCAUGAGAGAGGGGAGACCUGUGGCCGUGGAGACCAAACAUCUGAUUCAGGAUACACUGCCAGAAGCUUCCACACCAACUGCUGUGGUCUCUGUUUCCCAAUACGCCUGCCAGAGACGGACAACCACAGAAAACAACAACAAGACUUUCACGGAUGCUUUUGAAGUGCUGGCAGAGCGAUAUGAACUGAACGAGAUCGAGGGUCCGUGUCUGGCCUUCAGGAGAGCUGCUUCUGUCCUAAAGAGUCUGCCCUGGGCGGUGAGGAGCCUCGGAGCCACUCAGGACCUGCCCUGCCUUGGGGAACACACCAAAUCAGUGAUGGAGGAGAUACUUCAAAACGGCCGUUCGUUUGAAGUCGAGCGAAUACUCUCUGAUGAAAGGUUUCAAACACUAAAGCUGUUCACGAGUGUGUUUGGGGUUGGACCUAAGACAGCUGACAAGUGGUACCGCAGAGGGCUGCGCUCAUUCAACGACGUUCUGGCAGACAGCAGCAUCCAGCUCAACCGGAUGCAACAAAGUGGUUUCCUGCAUUAUGAAGACAUCUCCAGGGCUGUCAGUAAAGCAGAGGCCCGAGCCCUGAGGAACAUUAUCGACAAAGCUGUCCAUGCGAUCACACCGGACGCUGUACUGGCGCUGACAGGUGGCUUUCGCAGGGGGAAGGAGUUUGGUCAUGAUGUGGACUUUAUCGUGACCACACCCGAGCCGGGGGAGGAGGAGACUCUGAUACCCAAAGUUAUUAACAGACUGACAAAACAAGGAAUUCUGCUCUACACUGAGUACCAGGCCUCCACCUUUGAUAUGUCGAAGCUUCCCUGCCACAGGUUCGAGGCCAUGGACCACUUUGCCAAGUGCUUCCUGAUCCUGCGGCUGGAGGGCAGCCAAGUGGAGGGGGGUCUGCACAUCGCAGAGGGGGACAGCAGGGGCUGGAGGGCAGUGCGCGUGGACUUGGUGGCGCCACCCAUGGAUCGCUAUGCCUUUGCUCUGCUGGGCUGGACCGGCUCCAGGCAGUUUGAGAGAGACCUGAGGAGGUACGCUCGAAUGGAGCGGCAGAUGCUUUUGGACAACCACGCACUGUACGACAAAACAAAGAAAGAGCUCCUGGCAGCUACGACUGAAAAGGACAUCUUUGCCCAUCUGGGUCUGGAGUACAUCGAGCCUUGGCAGAGAAAUGCGUAGGCCUCUGCUCCUCCCUGGCUGGAUGAUACCCUGUGCGUACAUCAGCGUUUCUCCCAUCUGCUUUCCAUUCUGCAGCUCUCUUGUGAUUCUCUUUCAAACUGCUUUUGAUUCCCGUACAUUUUUGUGUUGCUAUUGCAGUUUUUGUUGUUGAUGUUGUCGAGAUGACAAGCUGGUGUAUGAUUCAUAAUUCUGCUUAUUGUUUGUAAUUGGGUAAACACUCUACCAUUCAUGGCUUGCCUGUCUCUAAGUGUUGUAAUCACCAGAAGGACACAAAGACGAAUCAGCCAGUGGAUAAUACGCCUGAGAUGCUUGUGAGGUGCAGGAGAGAGCAUGUUUCAAAGAAACACAGAGGGAGGCGAGCUAACAUAGAAGGGGGUGACCACAGACAGAAAGGGAGGGCGAGGGAGAAGACAGGAAAUGAUGAAAGAAGCAAAGGGGAAUGAGCUUUUGUCGAGCAAAAUGUUGUAAUCACCCUCCUCCUGGCAGGAAAGUGCUCGACGUGAAGCUGAGUGAGCCAGGACUCCAGGGUAUUGAGAGGCGGGUAAUGAGCUUCAGACAGAAGCGUCACUAUUUAGCCUCUAUUAAAGCCUACGUCCACUGGAGAUCAUUUAGCUGCCAUAGUCCCCGCUCAUGUCCCACAAUGAUUCCCUUCCGGAGAUGCUGGGCUGAAAUUAGAGGCAGUCAGCUGCAGCGGGAAAUCAUGAAGAAUUCAGGCGGAAGGUAAAUGAGUCCACUAACAACCACAUGGGAGGAUAUUGGCGUUCAAAACAACUGCAGUGCAUAAAACAUCCAUUAUUUUAUUGGUGUGACAUUGGCUUGUGUUAUAUGUGCUAUGUUUGCUUGUUAAGAUGUGUCCUUUUACUCUUUGGUGCACGGUGGCUCUGUAGCAUAAUGAUCAACCGAUAAAUAAACUUCAUUGAUCCCUGUGGGGAAUUCAA